AUGACGGCAAUCCGCAAGGCUACUUCACUGAAUGAACUGGAGCGUAAUAACCUUGAUGCAGUAUUCAAGGUGACGGAUAAAAUUUCCCAAUGGGAUCAUUGUCAAAUGUGUGGAGGACGUGUCAUUGAGGUGCCAAGUGAGCACAUGUGUCAGGGUUUCAUACAAGGAUACACCUUGUCAGGUCACAUGUGGAUAUUUGGAGAGUUUUCUUGGUAUCACAAGAUGAUGAUACAUCACGCCAAAUUCAUCAUAAUGGUCAGCCUCCGUCUCGCACUUUAA